CCCCCCCCCCCCAUUGCCGUCUCGGUUGGACUCCUGUCUCUCUCUUGCUUCCCUACCUUCUCCUUCCUCCUCCUCCCCUUGAUUGCUAGGUCGGUCUCUAGGCGGAGGUGGUGAAGUGGAGUGGAGUGGAGAGUAUCUUCUUCUUCUUCUUCUUCUUCUUCUUCUUCUUCUUCUUGUUCAUCGUCGUUGGAGUUGGAGGAGGUGGUGCCGUGGUGGGGAUUGAUGGGGAGGCCGCCGUGCUGCGUGAAGGCGGAGGUGAAGAAGGGGCCGUGGACGCCGGAGGAGGACCUCAUGCUCGUCGCCUACGUCCAGGAGCACGGCCCGGGCAACUGGCGCGCCGUGCCCACCAACACCGGGCUGAUGCGGUGCAGCAAGAGCUGCCGGCUCCGGUGGACCAACUACCUCCGGCCGGGGAUCAAGCGGGGGAACUUCACCGACCAGGAGGAGAAGCUCAUCGUCCACCUCCAGGCCCUCCUCGGCAACAGGUGGGCGGCGAUCGCGUCCUACUUGCCGGAGAGGACGGACAACGACAUCAAGAACUACUGGAACACGCACCUCAAGAAGAAGCUCAAGAAGAUGAGCGCCACCGGCGGCGGCGGCGACGACGGCGAGGGAGGUGGCGCCGGCGAGGUGAAGACCAGGGCGGCUGCGCCGAAGGGGCAGUGGGAGCGGCGCCUGCAGACGGACAUCCACACCGCGCGCCAGGCGCUCCGCGACGCGCUCUCGCUGGACCCCUCGCCGCCGGCCAAGCCGCUGGACUCGUCGUCGGGCGCCACGGCGCCGCCGUCGUCGCAGGCGGCGACGUCGUACGCAUCCAGCGCCGAGAACAUCGCGCGGCUCCUGGAGGGCUGGAUGCGCCCCGGCGGCGGCGGCGGCAAGACGACGACGACGCCGUCCUCCGGGUCGAGGUCGUCGGCGGCGUCGGUGCUGUCCGGGGAGGCCAGCCACAGCGGCGGCGCCACGGCGCCGACGCCCGACGGCUCGACGGUCACCAGCAAGACGAAGGACGAGGAGACCGCCGGCGCGCCGCCGCCGCCGCCGCCGCCGGCGUUCUCCAUGCUGGAGAGCUGGCUGCUCGACGACGGCAUGGGCCACGGCGAGGUGGGGCUCAUGGACGUGGUGGUGCCAUUGGGGGACCCGAGUGAGUUCUUUUAGUGCAAGUGAAAAAAGGAAAAAAAAAUGAGGGGACAAAAAAAAGGUGACAAUAAAUGUGACUAGCCUUGAAGAACAAAGCCAAUCAAUCCUUGGUGAUUUAGAUCAUCAAAAGCACAAAGCUGGUGUUGAUCUAGCAUAGUUAAAUCUAGUUAUAUUCUCUCUUCUUCUUUUUGAGUUUUAAUUCGUUGUUAGGGUUUGGAACUGAUCAUCUUAAUUUGUAAGUUUCUAUAUAGUAGUCUAUACUAAUCCAUGGUGGAUGCAUGACUUGGAUCCAUUGUGAGAUGAGCCAGUCAUGAAAUGGAGGUUGGCAAACAAUAGAAAUGUACAUCUUCUUUAAUAACAUAAAUCUUAUAUAUAUAUCAGUAGUACCA